CAGAUAUUUCCUGUUUUAAUCCCAAUUUGGAAAAAAAACAAUGCAGAAUUUUUCUAACAGCCCGGCUCCCCCUUCUCUCCCCCCGGGGUUCAGUGGGAGGGGUGCAGGGGGAACUCCGUAUCCCCCUCAGCCAGCAGACCCCCAGAUCUCCCCAAGGAUGACAGAUGAUUACGCAGGGAUGCAACAGCAGAGCCUGCACCGAGCCCAUCACCACCCCAGUCAAGCCAGCCACAUGCUUGCUUACAGUGCUAGAAACAGAGGGGCUGUGGAGGCACCACCAACACAGGGUAAUAUUCACAGCGCCAACACUAACAACCCUUACAGGAAGGACGCCAUGGAUUAUUAUUUUUCAAUGGGUGGAAAAGACAGGCACAGAAGGGGGGGCAUGGCCUAUGGGGCAGGAUUUGGGUACCCUAAUAUCGAUGGACAUAUACCUCACCAGUACCGGCAUGCUGGAUCUGGCUCAGCACCAGCAUCUGGCCUGAUGUCACCAUAUCCAGUAGACUAUGGUUCCAGUGCUAGUUCAGGUGGAGGUGCUGGUGCUGGAGCGUUUUCUCCUUCUCAUCAGUACAAUAUGAGUCAGAAUGCUGCAAUGCAGUCAGUGCCAGGAUCUCAGAUGCAGCACCGCCAGCUUGGACAAACCUUCCCGACUGCCCACCAUGGACAGCAGCAUCGAAGCUAUCCACACUCUGGGCACAGAAUGACCCCUCAAUACCCACUCUACUCCCCACAGGGUGGAGCAUCCACAGCGUCGUCAGGAAUGUACAGCCCCCCUCCACAGAGAUAUCUCGACGGGGCUGCUAGCACGGGGUUCGAUCCCAAAGUCAACAGUUCUCCCAGUGUCAACUCCAGUUCAAACUCAGUCUCCAGUUCAGUUGCUGCUAACAAUGUGGGGCCAAUGGAAAAUGUUCAACAGAGUUACCAUGCUUCAAAUUAUCCUGGAUAUUCCCCACAGACACUUUCACUUCACAAGCAAGCCACACUACAGCACCGCAACUCACAGCACAAUUUAGGGGUAGGUUAUGACAAUUCUCUCAAAAUGCAGCACCAGGGCCCUUCUCCAGGCUCUGUUUAUUCUAAACAUCAUCAAGCCUCCAAUCCCAGUAUACCUCAAGCAGCAUCUCAAGAAAUGGCCAAAUCCCCAAUGCAUCCCAAUGCUCAACAAACCCAAAUUAACCAAAACUUUAGCCCGAUAUCCAACCCCUCACCAGCUGCCUCCGCAGUGCACUCCCCCAGUUGUAGCUCCUCUCCUUCCCCUUUGAUGGGUGUCUCAGAGGUACAUGGAAACCCCUCAAGUCAUGGUCCUUCACAUCCUCAUACAUCAAACCCCCGUAGCAGCCAUGGUCAAGGAAGAUUACUGCAGACCAUGCCACAGUUAAGUCCCACACCCAAUUCAAAUAGCAGCAUCAGUAGUUGUGGUAGCAGUGGCAGUCAUAAAGCUCACAGCAUGAGUGCAGUUGGAGGGAGCAGUUUUCCUCCAACAGGCCGCAACAAAUUGGGUCUAGGCACAGGAAUCGGAUCUCGAGAGGAAGGCUCCGCUAUUUAUUCAUCCUCUCCACUUGACAAAAUGCAGGAUGCUGGCCUGAAUAGUCUUAAUGCCUUGAGUUCACAAGUAGCCAAUUUACCAAACACAGUUCAGCACAUGCUCCUCACCGACUCUGUGCUUUCAAUGAAGAAGGGGAAAGAUACAGGGCAGAUGCAACAGGCAACACACGGUGUACCCCCAUCACAACCAAGGAGUCGAAAUGCAAGUGCAGCCUCAAGUACUAGCACGGUUAAAGAUGGAAGUGCACUUGGGAUAGGCGAUGGUGCCAGCUUAGAUGCUGGUGCUGAUGAAGACUCCUCAUUGAUGUCAGUUGGGGGCUCGUCGGGGACCAAGGUGGAGCGUGAGGAGCAGUUUUCUGAGGGGGAACAUAGGAGAGUGAGGCAGAUGAGUGGCGCAAGCAGUGGAUCUGAACCAACUGGUUAUAAACCUCCCUCUCAGAGUCAAACACAGACUGGGCAAGAAUCAGCUGUUAAAAAAGUCCACACCGAUUUACCGUCAAAAGAACCAAAUGUUUCCAAAACAAAAAAUGAAGCUCAAGGUCCAUCUUCAUCAACAUCUCCGCCCUUUGGAUGUCAAUUAUCAGAGACUGGCUCAACUUCACAUUCAACACCUCCAGAUUCUUCAUCCCUGUCAUCCACCUCCUCCAAUAUUCCUCCUCCACAGCCAAAUUGUGUCUCAGAGCCUGGUCUAACAUAUAAUGACCACAGAGGUGGCCAUAGGAGGGCAACUGAAAUUAAAAAUGAAGUCAUCAAAAAUGAAAGUGAAGGCACAGUUGACAAAACGGAGAAGGGCAGUUGCCAAAUGCAGCGAGAUGGAGAAGUCAAUUCACAAAAUUGUCAGGACAAAGAAAACAGGUUGCACACUGCUUCCAGAUCACACAAUAAUGAGAGGGUAGAAAAGCAUACUUCUGAUGAACAGCAGAGUGCCAGUGGUGUUGGUGUGAUUGUUUCUGCUCGGUCUGAUGGAAGUCACGCUGAAAAAAGCAAACAUCCCCAGGACAACUGUAUAGAAGAGAAACCCUCUUUCUUAAGAGAGUCAAGCAGUCAUAACGGAGAGGAAGGUAUAGAUCUGAGUUUAUAUUCCUCCCUUCACCAGAAAUCUACUUUUGGACGGCCUCAAAAUCCUCCCCAGUCUGCACCACAUAAAUAUGGCUACCAAGAAUCAACAUAUGGCUCAGAUUUGUCAAUGAAAAACAGAGGCAGGGCUGGCCCAGCGGGUGUAAUGGAAUCAAAUUCUAGAUACUUUGGGUACCAACAGUCACAAGCUGGUUACAGCCCUGUGCAUCCUAAAGAUGCUGGUUCUGUAGCAGAGGCUUUGGUAAAGAGAGGGCAAGGAGCAGGAGUUAAAGGUCAUGAGGAUAAUUCACAACAAUUUCCAAGCCUUUUACAAGAAGUUCUUCAAGGUUACAAUUUAGAUAGACGAUAUGGCAGACCAGAGCAGGCAUUUCCUGCCCAUCUCCAACAACAACAGUUUCAAAGCAGACACCCGUAUGGCAUAACUGAGGCUUCGUCUCAUUCUGGACAAAUGGGUAGCUCUGGAAAGCCCCCACAUGCAAACCAGAGGCAUGGGAGUGAGCCUGAUUUUACCACAGAUUCUCAGUCCUCUGUGAAGUCAGAAGUGUCCAUUACUAAGAUAUUGCAAAAUGCUCAGAAAACCGAAGUGGGUGUGUCCCAGAGCCAUUUAACACAGGCUGCAGAUCCUCAGCAACCAACAAAACAUAUAAACUUAGCUGACUAUUCUCUCCCACAGAGAAAAGUGUUAUCUAAUGUGUCCACUCCGUCCUCUGCUGUGCAGGAACUCCUCUUGCAAGAGCCAGAGCCACUAACAGGCAGCAUUGGUCAAGCUGAGUCUCAAAAAUCAUCAGGCUCCAUAUUAGCCCCAUCAGAGCGGCGCUCUGUCAUCUGUGAUGUGUCGCCAAACCGACGCAGCACACCAGAGAGGGACAGGGAAAGUGACAGAGAGAGAGAGCGGGAGAAAAGUCAGAGUGGAGCCUCUGUGAUUCAACAGCCAUUUUCCUCUCCAGGAGCAGCCAAUGAUCUGAGUAGAAAGGAUAUUGGAGAGAAUAAAGUGGUGAAAAUGGAAACGGCAUCAAAAGAGGCCGGAACAGAAGCAGCAAAUUUACAAACUGAUCAUCAUGGCAGCGGCGGCGCUAAUGAGGCUGAUCUGGAGUUUCAUUCCAAGUCUUUUCAUUCAUCUGUAUUGAAUGCUGACCCCUAUAGGCGAGGUAAUGUUGAUAUUACACCCUUGCCUUCUCAUCUGUUGAGCACUAACCCUUUAUCUUCACCUUCAAGGCAUCAGUCCUAUCUUCAUGGUGUUGAUUUAACAACUGGCAGUGGCAGCAGUUUUCCUGGAUAUCGAUUUGGAGAUGCAAGAGAAGGGAAUAUGAUGCCACGCAGUAACCCCCAUUUUUCCUCCCACCAUCCAUACCACAAUUUAUCCCCCCAGACUCAAUCCACAAAUAAGCUUCAAAUGUAUCCUCACCCUCGCGGCCCCCCUCAUCACCCCCAUGAUAUGAAUGACUGGGUAAAAGCAAUGAACAGGCCAUCAAAGGAAAUGAUGAUGCAGCCCGGUUCAUCUCCAGGAAGACAUAAGGUCAGCCAAUCAGAACAGAGGCAAAGAAUCUUACAAACCGAAAUGCCGGCUGAACAACACACGGUCAAAACUUCUCUCCAUCAUCAAAGUGCUUUUUUUGAUUUGAAAAUGUGGGAGUCAACACACUCUGGAAGAGAAGGCGCUAGAAUGUUAGAGGGAGACCCCUUCUUCAGAACACAACCACAUCAUGCUGCUCCUGUAGCUUCACAUGUUCUGGUUCCUCCACAAAUGACUCAUGGCCAAAAUGCUGCUGAACCGGAGGUCUCCAGAGGGGCCACAGAGGAAGCCAAACAUUCCCUCCCACCUCCUCCCAGCUCCACUAAGCCUCCUGCUGAAAUGAAUUCCACUCAGCCACAGGUGCAGCGUCAGACUAAACCUGGGGGUUCUGGAGACACAAAUCCGCUGAUAUUGCGAAGGAGAGUUCGUUCUUUUAUCUCUCCUAUUCCCGCUAAAAGGCAACUACAGGAUGCCUCUCAGCAGAGGGCUGCCACAAAUUCCCAUCACUCCCCCGGGGCUCAGUCUGAGUCGAGCCAUCACAAUGAAGACGACUCAUCCAGUUCAGAUAUCCCAUGUCCCAGACUCUCCUCGCCUCUGCCCGGAGAGAACACCUAUUCACAACCUCUAUCUCCAUCGGGUGGUAACACCAAGGCUUUGCCUCCCAGGAAAGGGCGAGGUUUGAAACUGGAGGCAAUAGUGCAGAAAAUCACACCAAAUAUUAAAAAGCCAGCAGGCCAUGUUGAUGAUGAGUCAAAUCAUUACCCAGGCUUCUCUCACUCAGAAAUACCACCGUUUAAUGAUUCACAGGACCAAGACCUGGCACAUUUCCCCAGGGUUCUAGGAGGGGAUGAUAGUUACAUGGAUGAAAGUCACUCAUUAAAUGAUAUGAUUCCCUUCAGAGGUAUUGAUGAGACUGGGCCUUUACCUCCGUCUGCCUACCCGUGUGAUCCUCAUCAAACGUCCCAAACCAUAAAACAAGACUUUGACUUUGGAUUAGGAGCCACUGGAGCAUCAGCGUCUGGUGACAAGGAAGAUUUUGCUUUGCUCGGACCUUUACCCCCUCCUCCGCCUCUUCCUUGCCCAGUCCAGGAUUCCCCACCUCCAUCUUCAUCUGCCCUGUCAGAUAUUCAACAUUUCACCAACACUUACCAGCAGCUUGAGACCAGAAGAGGAGAGCAGUCUGCUGAAAACCUUCUUCGACAGAAACUUCAAGAAUCUGACAUGGGGUUUGAUGAUUAUCCCGGCAGUGACUACUAUGGAACCACCCCACCCCACCAUAGUGAGUCUCAAGGUCACAUGCUGAAUAGGCAACAUCAGAUGUCUUCUGGUAGGUCUAGUCUGUCACCACAAGAUUCUAAGUUAUCAGACAGUUCCGUGCCUAAAGGCUAUUUCCCAUCCGGCAAGAAGAAGGGCCGGCCCGUUGGGAGUGUGAAUAAACAAAAACGAGCCCAGAACCAAGCCCAAACACAGGGGCCGGGCCAGCCUCAAGACCAGGCUCAGAACACAACUUCGAGUGCUCCUCCAUACCCACUCACUCAAACUACAGUUGGUGCCACAACCCCACCGUUGGAGUACACUACCAGCAGCACACCACCACCACCCACUGCAGAACCCCCUCUGACAGACAAUAAAAAUACUCCCCCACUGACCCCACCUAUUUUAACCCAGAUAGUGAAAGUAGAUGUUGAAAGUGAGGACACGCAGCCAGAGAUCGAGGUCAAACCUGUGCGAAGGAGACGCAGGGUUGUGAAAGAUGAAGACGGGUCGCUAGAAGCAAGAGGACGACAGAGGAGGAGAAGAAGAGCACCGACGGCACCACCAGUGGCCAAAGACGACCCAGAUACACCUUUAGGGGUAGGAGGGAGCCCCGGCACAAAUGGAGUAUUCAUGGAUACAAAUAGAAAGGGCCCGUUUGUUCCACACAUACAUGUGGAGAACAAAAUACCAGAGAUUGGGGCAGUGUGCACCAUUGUAAAUGCUGAGGAGGAGAAGAUGAAAGGAGAGCGUAGUGCAGUCGGAGGAAAAGCAGGCGGGAGUGGAACUGAUUGUCUCCUGACCUCAGCUCUUUCCUCACAGUUAUCUAAGAGAGAUAAAGAAUCAGAGAAAAGGGAGACAGACGAAGUGGAAACUACACUUCAGUCAGGAAAAGCACUUCCUUCAUCUGGCUAUGUUGUUUCAGGCCCUGUGAUUACUGAGACCAAUCACUCGGGCCGCCUGCUCUGCUGCCUGUGUCAGAAAUGGGCGAAUUACAAACACCUUGGAGAUCUCUACGGUCCUUUCUAUCCAGCUGAAUAUGCCGCAAAGCUCCCCAAGAACCAGCCCCAGGUCCGACAAUGUCAAGCGGCCACGGGCACAAGCAAAACUGGACCAAAUUCAGACAUAAGCUCAAAUGCUUUGAGCACCAUCCAAGACACGCAAACACAAGACGCUCAGUUUACCAAGCCCCCAACUGAGAGUGACUACGGCGUCAGCCUAGAUUCAAACCCAAUACCUCUCACCAAAAUAGUCAGAACUACCCCCACAGCUGGUAGAGAGGAAAUGAUGAUGCACAUGACCGGCCAGUUCAGUAACACCGCCUCCUCUUCUUCCUCCUCCUCCUCCUCCACUUCCUCCUACACCAGUAAAACAGCCUCUCUAACCUGGGACAUGAAUCUAGAUAUCCGGCCUAUCCCUAAACUUAAGAGAGAGCCAGACCUUGAGAUUGAACAGCAACAGCCACAAAUCCAGCAACAGCUGCAGCAGCCAACAGAUGACGCUCAACAGCGACCUCCACACAGAAAGCUGACCUCACACCCCCGCUUUAAAAGGAGGCACAAAUCUAGUGAGGAUUCCCCCAGAAUGGUGCCAUCCAACAGUAAGGCGUCUCUGCCCUUCCAGCCUCCUCCACCCGCCUUGGACUCCCUGGGGCCCUUGGCACAACUGACCCAGCUGCCGCAGAUGCCCAUGGACCCAGAGGAGCUCUGGGUCCACGAAGGAUGCAUGGUGUGGACCAGUGGAGUGUAUCUUGUCAAUGGGAAACUGUAUGGCCUGCAGGAGGCACUAGAUGGUGCCAGAGAAACGUGCUGUUCGUACUGUGAGAUGGUUGGCUCAACCCUGGGCUGCUACAGUAAAGGCUGCACACUUCGCUACCACUACCUGUGCGCUAUUGAAGCAGAUUGUUCUCUGAAUGAAGAUAACUUUUCACUGCGGUGUCCGAAGCACAAGGUAAAGAAGGAGAGUUUACUCAGAGCAUCCGGCCAGUGUACCUGGAGCAGUCAGAGAGAGGCUGAGGGAAACACAGAAGAAGAGGAGACACAGGUAUCUAAGAGCUGUUAGUUUGGACAAUAGACGACUUAGAAAAUGAGACUUGUCUGUGAAGCAGCCCAAAAUGUGAAAGGACAGGACUGGCAUCUGUGACAACGAGAACAACGAAAAGGGAAUGUACAAUUUCUCAACGGGAAGCAGCAUUAUUUACAUUUGGAGAAAAGAAACCUUUUUUUUUCUAAGAGAAUUGUUGCUCUUUACUUAAAAGCAGAAAAAAAAAUACACAGACAUGCAACAUAGAGGAAUGGAGCUACAAGUAAAACAAAACUACAAAGCGGAAUAAAAUGAGACGUCAAGACUGACGAAGGAACUAAAGGAACUUUUCUGAAGAGAACAAAAGAAACAAACUUCCUCUCUAGGCUUACUUUGAUUUUUCUCAGACACCAUUGAAGUGUAAAACUCUUUAUCAUCUAUAUUAUCAUUUACCUGUUUUUGUUUUGUUUUUUUAAGUGUUCUUUUGGUUGCUUUUAAAGAGGUGUAUUGGGAGCAAGUUGGGUGUCUAACCCAGAGAAGAAAUGGAGAGAGUUUUAUAUCCUCUCACAAGUAGUAUCUUAUCUUAUGAUAUUAGGAUGACCACAAUUAUAAUUUUUUUUAGUCCUCAUUAUUAUUUUUGUAUCCUCGUCAGUAUUUACUCAUGAAAAUGAAAUGGAUGUAUCUCACUUUAUAUUCAGUCAACACAUGAAUUGGAUUUAUUUCUUUUUUUCAUUCCUGGAGAGGGAGGAGCCAGAGUGAUGUUGUCUGGAAUGUCAGGGUCGAGUUUGCCACAAAGACAUUAUUGCCUUGGAGAACGGACAUCUGUUGCCUUUCAAAAGUCACGUGUGUGAGUGAGUGAGUGUGCGUGUGUGCGAGAAAGUGAAAAAAUGCCAAUAUCUUGGGUCUUUGAUUCCAUUUUUGGUCCUUUUGAAAAGUGUUCUUAUUUUUCAUCACUGGGGUUUUUACGGUACAGAUAGUAUUCAUUAAAAAUCCGAUGGACACAAUCUUAUUUUUCAAAGUACAAAUGUUCGUUAUGUGCAAAGAGAAGGACAGAGCCUUGUAAGAGGAGAUAACACUAUGGACUAAUGCGUGUCCGCCAUCUCUAACCAUGCUGACAGGAAAAAGAUGAACAGGACACUGACAAGUUUUCAUCUGUGUGGAACUGUGUACGGUGGUGCACAUGUGCUUAUGUUCUACGUUAUGAAAACAUUUUUGGAACUGGAAACUUUGGAGAGGGUGUCAUAUGAACGGCUGUGAUUGGCCAACCAUACUGGCUAAUGGGGAGUAAGCCUUACCAAGUACUUCUGAAUGGUUUCAUUCUUUAGUAACACAGCAGCGAUUUGAUCGGGAGAUGCAAAAUCCAUUCAAAAGAAGCAUUGCCAUAAAAUUUAAAAGUGCGUCGUACAUGGUGUUGUCUUUAUCAUUUUUUAUUGUUAUUCUUGUAAAAAAAAAAAAGUCAAGCUGAAAGAAGACAGUUACACUAUCAAAACCAUGCUGUAUUAGAAACCUGUCAAUAUGUAUAUGAAUUAUGAAUACACUUAAAAAAUACUUCAAGUACACUCCUCUUCUUAUUUCUGAAACUUAAUGUUGUCACUUUAGUUGCACUGAUAAAUCCACCGGUUUCAGUUUUA